CGAGCCCUGCCUCGCUGCCCGUGCCGCGGUGCCGUGCUGCCCCUCGCCACCCAUCCAAAGGUCUUCCCAAGGCUCCAGGCUCACGGUUCCCACCCCGAUAGCGAUGGGGGCCAAGCCCUCUCCCUGCUUGGGCCGUGCCUCGUCACCGGCUGCACUUUGGACGUUGGCAGCCGUGGAAAAUUUUGACUUUAGCUGGUUCCCUCUCCUGGUUUUGCCGUGGCAGCCCCGCGGUGCUGAGCCCGGCGAUGGAGUGGCCGGCGAGCGCGGCGAUGGAGAAGCAGAACCCGGUGGAUUACGGCGUCCAGAUCCGCUUCAUCAACGACCUGCAGGAGCCGCGCAGGCCCCCCCGGGCGCGGGGCAAGCCGGGCUCCUACGGGGUGGCCGUGCGGGUCCAGGGCAUCGCCGGGCAGCCCUUCGUGGUGCUCAACAGCGGCGAGAAGGGCGGCGACUCUUUCGGGGUGCAGAUCAAGAGCGAGGGCUCCUACUCGGGCCCCCCCUCCGGCCUCCCGCCCCCCGGCUCCGUCAGCUCCGACUCGGAUCUACCGGAAAACCCUUACGCGGGGCGGCAGCCCCAGCGCGGCUCGUCCUACAGCACCUCGGAUGAGGAGCCCAGCGGGGGCUCCGCGACCUCCCGGCAUGAGCCCAAAACUCCUCCGGGCCAGCGGCCGCCGGGCGAGGAGCUGCGGAGGACACAGUCCCAUGGAGACCUGCUCGGAGCCGUCGUGGAUGAGCCCUUUGCCGCCGGUGCUCCCCGGGCCGGCGGGAACCGGCAGCCCCGGGCUCUGGCCGGCAGCAAGAGCAGGAGCAUGUUGAACAUCGCACCGGAGCGCGGCAAAACCUCCGGCUCCAGGGCUGUGGGCAAGGACCCCUCCUCGGACACGGAGGUGGCGGUGGGCGCCGGUGGCAGCGACGUGGACACCAAACCCCUCUCCUCGGUGGAUUCGCUCAUCAGCAAAUUCGACGGGAAGGUUCAGCCGCGCGGCCGGGCGGCCCGGAGGGGCCGGAUCCCCUCAGAGGAGAGAAAACGCUCGCAGAGCCUGGACAGCCGCGUCUCCCCCCGCGCCGGGCCGGGGACCGACGACCCUCGCCCCCAGCCCUCGGUGCCCCCCGGCAGCCUGGGCCGGCCCAGCCGAGUCGGGGAGGCGGAGGACGGGCCGAGGGGGCAGCGGGUGAACCGGAGGACGGAGGAGCCCCGGGCAGAGCUGCAGCUCAAAUCCACCCCAGAUCUGCUGCGGGACCAGCGGGAGGUCACCCAGCCCGGCAGCAGUGAGCACCCCAAGGAGCUCAUCUACAGCAUCCUGAAGGAGGGGAGCAACGAGAGUGAGAUCUCCCUGAAGCGGAAAACCACGCGGCUGCUGGAGAAGAUGCAGGAGCUGGUGGUGCCCACCAAGGCUGUGCUGUGUUCCCAGCCCCAGCACAGAGACCUGGCCAGGAAGGUGGAAGAGCUGCAGGAGAAGCUCGAUGAGGAGACCAAGCUCCGCCAGAAGCUGGAGCUGAGCCGGGAGCCAGGGGGCAGCAGCUCGGCCCGGGCCCUGGAAGCGCGGCUGCGGGAGGCGGAGGGGGAGAGCAAACAGCUGCGGGGGGUCCUGGAGAAGAAAAAUCAGGAGCUGCAGAGGAGUUUGCAGGAGCUGGACGAGGUGAAAGCAGCCAAGGAGCAUGUGGAGACACGUCUGGGCCACUGCGAGGAGCAGCUGGUGGCCACGCGCCGGGAGCUCGAACGUCUGCGCAAGGGCCCCGGCGCGUCCCCGGACAGCGAAGCCCUGUACAAGGAGCUGCUGGAGACCCGUGAGGAGCUGGAGGAGGCCCUGAGCUCCCGGCAGCGGCAGGAGGAGCAGCUGCGGCUGCGGGAGCGGGAGCUGACGGCGCUGAAAGGAGCCCUGAAGGAGGAGGUGGCCAGUCACGACAGGGAGCUGGACCGGCUCCGGCAGCAGUACCAGAGCGACACGGAGCAGCUGCGGCGCAGCAUGGAGGGCAUCUCGCAGGAUCAGGCCAACCUGGAGUCAGAGAGGCAGAAGAUCAACACGGUGGUGAGGAACCUGCAGCGGGAGCUGGAAGAGAGCGCGGAGGAGACGGGGCACUGGCGGGACAUGUUCCAGAAGAACAAGGAUGAGCUCAGGAACACCAAGCAGGAGCUGCUGCAGGUGAAGCUGGAGAGGGAGGAGUUUGAGGAGGAGCUGCGGGAGCUGCGGGAACGCUUUGCAGCCGCCCGGGAGCAGGCGGAGCAGGCGCGGAGCAGCGCGGUGGACCCCGGGGAGCUGGAGGCCCUCAGGAAGGAGCUGCAGGAGGUGCGGGAGGCGCGGCGGGAGCUGGUGGAGGAGCAGCAGAGCCGGGAGGAGCUGCUGCGGCAGCGGGAGCAUGAGCUGGUGGCCCUGAGGGGCUCGAUGGAGGAAGAGGCCUCCAGCCACCACGGGGAGCUGGAGCGGCUCCGCAGGGACCUGCAGCAGCUCCAGGGGGAGCGGGAUGAGGCCACCAAGGCCAGGACGUCCCUGGAGAGCGCGCGGGAGGUGUCGGAGCAGGCGCGGAGGAGGGUGGAGACCACCCUGCGGGAGCUGCAGGAGCAGAACGACGACCUGCGGAGGAAGGUGCUGGGGAUGGAGACGCAGCUGAAGGAGUACGAGCGCUUGGGGGAGAACUGGGAGGGCUCCCAGGCACGGCUCAAGGACAAGGUCACCAAGCUGGAGGCGGAGCGCAGGCAGAUGGAGGAGACCCUGGGCGAAGCCUCGGAGCGGGAGCAGGAGCUGCUGGUGGCCAAGAGGUCCCUGGAGGCGCGGCUGGAGGAGGCGCAGCGCGGGCUGGCCCGGCUGGCGCAGGAGCAGCGGGAGCUGAGCGCGUCCCUCCAGGAGGAGCAGCGGCAGAAGGAGCAGCUCAAGCGCGCCAAGAACGAGCUGGAGGAGCAGAAGCGCCUGCUCGAUCGCACCACGGAGAAGCUGAACAAAGAGCUGGAGCAGAUGACAGCAGAGUCACACAGCUCACUGGCUGAGCUCCAGUCGCAGCUGGAGGAGUUCAAGGAGAAGUCACGGAAGGAGAUCACGGACUCCCAGAAACAGGCCAAGGAUCGGGGCGCCGAGGUGGAGAAGAUGCAGUUCAGCGUGGGGCGGCUGCAGGACGAGGUGUCCCGGCUGAAGCAGGCGCUGCAGGACAGCCAGGCGGAGCGGGAGAGCGCGCUGCUGGACAAGGAGGUGCUGCUGCAGCGCCUGCACAACCUGGAGCAGGAGCUGGAGAACAAGAAGCGCUCCCAGGACGAUCGCUCCCGGCACGUCAAGGCGCUGGAGGAGAAGUCCAAGCACCUGGAGGCGGAGCUGGAUGAGGAGAGGACCACGGUGGAGCUGCUGACGGAGAGAGUGAACCGGAGCAGGGACCAGAUCGACCAGCUGCGGGCAGAGCUGCUGCAGGAACGGUCCAGCCGGCAGGACCUGGAGUGUGACAAGGUCUCACUGGAGAGGCAGAACAAGGAGCUGAAGAGCCGCCUGGCCAGCUCGGAGGGGCUGCACAAGCCCAGCGGCCACGUCCCGCAGCUGGAGGCGCGGGUGGAGGAGCUGCAGGACAAGCUGCAGGCAGAGGAGAGGGAGAAGAACGUCCUGCUGUCCUCCAACCGCAAGCUGGAGAGGAAGGUGAAGGAGCUGACCAUCCAGAUCGAGGACGAGCGGCAGCAUGUCAACGACCAGAAGGACCAGCUGAGCCUGCGGGUGAAGGCCCUGAAGCGCCAAGUGGAUGAGGCAGAGGAGGAGAUCGAGCGGCUGGAAGGCGCCCGCAAGAAGGUGCAGCGGGAGCUGGAGGAGCAGCACGAGCUGAACGAGCAGCUGCAGAACCGCGUCAAGACGCUGGAGAAGGAGGCUUGGCGCAAGGCCGCCCGCUCGGCCGCCGAUUCCUCGCUGCAGGACGAGCAGCUCAGCUCGGACGAGGAGUUCGACAGCGCCUACGGACCCUCCUCCAUCGCCUCGCUGCUCAACGAGCCCAACCUCCAGACCAGCUCCUGCUGAGCCCCCUGCUCCCGCCCGGAGCGGAGCCGCGUCCCGAGGGCUGGGCCAGGGCUGCAGCUGCUGGUGCAGGAACCACCGCUAUGAAGGGAGGUGCCGGGGGGUGGGGAACCCCCGGACUCGGUCUCAUCUCCUCAUCUUCAUACAGGUCUCAGGGAGUGUUUGCACCGCGGCUGUCUGGGGGGUUCAGUGGCUCAGCACGGCCGGUGCCCCCCUUGGUGGCCGGGUCCCACUGUGGCCGUCGGGUCCAGGACGUGGCCCCGGGGAUCAGGUUUCCCCGGAGGGGCUGGGGGCACCCGCGGCUCAAUCCACCCUGGUUUAUUUUUAUAGGCAGCCGCUGCCCCUCCCCCGCUGCCCCGCACCCUCUCCCAGCCGCAUUUUAAAUAAAACUGAACAUUUUGAUGCCCGGG